AGUGCUUCGUUCAGUUAUCCACUCGCUGCCGUCGCGUUCACAUAUUUUGCGCGUUUUCUCGCAUUAUGAAUCAGCAAACCAACAACACAUAAACCUUCCAAAAUGAAGCCAAAUCGGUUAUAACGUUUGCUUUUAAAAACUACAUUAAAUUUUAGAUCGAAUAUAUUAUAUUGUGAUAUUUAGCUAGUAUCUUCUGUUAUUAUUUAUAUUUUACCAUGGGGUCGAAUUAUAUUUUAUAAAAUUUUAAUUUUAAUAAUCCAGUGCUCAAGAUAAUCUCAUUCCAAUCGAUACAAUAAAUUUUAUAGAUUUGUAAAACGUAUAUAACAUUGCAAUGACAGCAAAAACUCGUUCACAUUGGAAGGAAUAUGGAACAGCGCUAUGUGCGACGCUAAUUACCGCAACUGCGGGAACCUGCUACGGUUGGCCAUCACCAACACUAUCCUACCUACAGUCCGCUUCGAGCUUGAUACCGACAACAUCAGACGAGCGAUCAUGGAUAGCGUCCAUUAUGAUACUCUGCUCGGCACUAACUCCAAUACCAUCAGCAUACUUCGCUGACCGUUUUGGAAGAAAAACAGCACUCCUCCUCGGUGCAAUACCGUUUAUCCUCGGCUGGGUGCUGGUCAUCGUAGCUAAAUCUGUGGCCGUGCUCUACGUGGCCCGUAUGUUCUCCGGUCUGGGCUAUGGCAUCGUGUACACGGUGGCGCCGAUGUACACGGGAGAGAUCGCCACCAGUGAAGUCCGAGGGGCCCUCUCAACGCUCAUCACUUUAAUGAAUAAGGUCGGAAUACUGUCUCAGUUCUGCAUCGGGCCAUUCGUAACGAUGCGAACUUUAGCUGCCAUCAAUUUGAUCCUACCCAUUACUUUCGUAAUUACCUUCAUCUUUCUGCCUGAAUCGCCGUACUAUUAUUUGAAAUUCGAACGUAGUGAAAGAGCAGAACGUGCUCUUAAGAGUCUUCGCAGUGGAGAUAUCAGAUUGGAAUUAAAGAAUAUAGAAAUCAACGUUCAAGAAGAUAUGAAAAAUAGAGGCUCAUGGGGCGACUUACUUUCAGAGGCCACCUACAGAAAAGCAUUGUGGAUCAGCUUAGGUGUAUUUACCAUUCAACAACUGUGCGGCAGUGCCGCGGUUAUUGCCUACGCUCAGGGUAUAUUUGAAGCUACCGAAAGUCAUAUAGAGCCAUACCAAGCAUCCAUUUACCUGGGAUGUGUACAAGUGGCAACAUGUUGCCUAUCAGUGAUCUUAGUAGACCGUGUUGGCAGAAAGCCGCUCUUACUCCUUUCUGCAUUGGGAGUUGGGUUGAUGAACGGCGUAAUCGGAACAUAUUUCUACUUCUAUUUGACCAAUAAAACGUCAGUCGCUCAUCUCCAUUGGCUGCCCAUAACGGCGCUUCUAAUUUACAUCGUGUGCUAUGCCGUCGGGCUGUCAACUGUGCCCUACGUGAUCAUCGGAGAAAUGUUCCCGACUAACGUUAAAUUGUACGCCUCCUGCGUGGCUCACAUCUACACAGGCAUAUCCAUGUUCGCAGUUCAGAAACUCUUUCAGGUAGUGGAUGAUGCCUUCGGUAUUUACACAGUAUUUUGGGGCUUCUCCGUGUUUUCCAUACUCGGCCUGUUCUUCUUGCUCGCCGUCCUCCCCGAGACCAAGGGGAAAUCCUUCGCGUGCAUACAAGCCCAGUUACGAAGAGACGUCGCUCGAGACAACGCUAGCAAGCUGAUGACUGUCGAGUAUUAAUUCGAAUAAGCGUAAAUUAGGGAUCAAUUGAAUCGAAACAUAAGAUAUUAAAUACUUAAUUUUAUUAUAGUUUACAUACGUAAAAUAUAAAAACUACAGAAUCGUUCAGAUAAUUAGUCUGUAGAGCGGUAUGAGAGGAAGGACAGUGGGUAUGAGGAGGGUCGGCGCCCCAGAGAAGGCAACGUAGUCUUCGGGGUCGUAGUCUUGCGGUAAUCCUCUCGUAGAGACGACGCUAGAGUAGAGGCGCGCCGAAUCCUUAGCCGUCCUCGUUUUAUUCGGGCUCUUGAAGUCAACCAAGUAAAGACCGAAGCGGGACCUGCAAAUGCAUUUAAAAACAUGACGAGUGAAAUUAUAUCAUGAUUUGACUGA